AUGUCCAGUCUCUACCUGCACUUCGCUGCUUGCUGCACCCAUUGCCAUCUAGUUCCUGAGAUCCAGGAACACCCUGACCACCACUCUCCUGAUGAAGAUGCCAGUGGAAGCAAAACUCUGACCAAUUGGGAAUUAGCCCAGGGCAAUGUUAAUGUUGCUUUUAAAUACUACUACCAUCUUGCUUCAAAGGCCAUCAACAAGAAUUUUUUCUAUUCCCCUGUGGCUGUUUCCAUUGCCUAUUUCUUGCUAUCCCUGGGGGCUAAGUCAGCUACUCUGAGACACCAUUUUUCAAAACUUAAGUGCGAUCCCACAGAGCUCAGUGAGCAGAAAAAAAGAGAAGGUGUUCUCAGUCUCCUUCAUGUGCUAAACCGCCCUGAGGCUAAGUGCCAGAUGAGCACUGGGAAUGCCAUUUUUACAGAUGACAAAGUGCAAGGGCUUCAGAAACUCUUGGAUGAUGCUGAGGACUUAAUCAACACCACAGACAGUGGUUAUAGCAAGUUGGUUGACCUCAUCAAGGUUCUUGAUCCUGAGUUUGUGAUGGUUUAUAUAAACUAUAUUUUCCUGAACGCCUAUAUGGAGAAUCCAUUCUAUUACCAGCCUACUCAAGAACAGGACUUCUUUGUGGAUGAUGUUACAACAGUGAAGGUUGAAAUGAUGCAUAAAGCUGGCUGCUACAACACUUAUCAUGAUCAGGAGCUGUACUGUGAAGUGGUGCAGAUGCCUUACAAAAGCAACGCUUCUGCAUUGUUCAUUCUACCUGAGCCUGGGAAAAUGAGGCUGGUGGAAGAGGCCAUGGGGGAAAAGCUUCUUCAAAGAUGGCAGGAUUCACUGAGACUGAGCAAGAUGGAUAUAUACCUUCCAAAGCUUUCACAGUCAGAUUGUGAUGCCAUGGAGAUAUCGAAAAGUUUAGAUAGAACUGCUGUGUUCUCAGACCAAUCUGGAAUUUCCAGGAAAGCUGAGCUGAAAAUGCCCAAGGCUAUCCACAAAUCUUAUUUGAAUACCUAUGAGAAUGGCACCGGAGCUGCUGGCACCAUUGACAUUGAAAUGGUCCAAAUUUCUAGGCCCAUUGAAAUAACAUUCAACAGGCCCUUCCUAUUAAUUAUUUUCAAUAACAUUACCAGUGACAACUUAUUUUUCCGGAGGGCUGUUAAUCCUAAUGAACCCUAA